AUGUCAGUGGAGCCUGAAAUGAAACCCGAAGCUCCAGCCAAGUACAAAUCGUCGUUGUUCCUGAUGAAGCAUCUGAAACCAGCUUUAGCUGGCGUCCCCGAACAGCUGCCGUCGGCGUUGAGGAUAAUUCCCGGAAAAUUAUUAUUAUUCCAUUUAAUAAAUCGGUCUGUUGUAGCAUUGUUGUCAGUGGAAGGGAAGCUAGCCUUUAGAGUUUCAACCAUGUUGUGGAUGUUAAAAGAAAGGCGAACAGGAGACCAAGUUUCAUUGCUCAAACACAUUAAAUUUCUAUGUCUCCAAAUUCACCAUAUGACAGCUGAGAAACUGCGACUUCAAGGGCUGAAACAUAUCAGGUUUCUGCCAUCAGAAUUCGGACUUGAUCCUGACCAUCACCAUGCCAUUGAGCCGCUAGCUAGUUUUUUAGCGGAAAAAGCACAAAUUAGAAGGACAAUUGAAGCUGAAGGAAUUCCUUAUACUUAUGUUGUCUCUAAUGCCUUUGCCGGAUACUUCCUCCCUACAUUUGGACAACAAAAUGUUACGGCUCCUCCCCGAGAUAAAGUGGUCAUCCUCGGAGAUGGAAAUGUAAAAGAAGUUUAUGUCACAGAGGAAGACAUUGGAAUUUAUACCAUCAAAGCAGUAGAUGACUCAAGAACUUUGAACAAAACUAUAUACUUUAGGCCUCCUGCCAAUGUUUUGACUUUCAACGAGCUUGUCUCCUUAUGGGAGAAUAAGAUUAAGAGCACUCUUGAGAAAAUUUAUGUUCCAGAGGAUCAACUUCUCAAGAGUAUUCAAGAAUCUCCUUUCCCUGCAAACUUGAUGUUGGCAAUAGGUCACUCAAUGCUAGUAAAGGGAGAUUGUACAAAUUUUGAGAUUGACUCUACUUUUGGUGUGGAAGUUACUGAACUAUAUCCUGAGGUCAAAUACACCAGUGUCGACACCUAUUUGAAUGUGUUUGUUUGAAGUGUAGGAAAUGCGCUAUCAACAAAAAAACUGCUACAACAUAGUAAUAAAGCCAUAACAUACUUACUGUUAUAAUCACUUGUGUUUCUAUUAUCAUCAAAAGAAUAAUUUCAUAUAUGUUAGUU